CACCACAGCAGCAGCAGCAGGCAGAGGAUAUGAUGCGGGCGCAGCCGGCGGAGGUGGACGGCGACACGCCGGCGCUGCGGUCCGCCGCGGACGCCGCGCGCAUGGUGUGGGACGAGUCGAAGCGCCUGUGGGGCAUCGGCCUCCCCAUCGCCGUGGGCACACUCAGCAUGUACGCCAUCAGCUCCGUGACCCAGAUGUUCAUCGGCCACCUCGGCAACCUCCCCCUCGCCGCCGCCUCCAUCGGCCUCUCCGUCUUCGCCACCUUCGCGCUCGGCUUCCUCCUCGGCAUGGGCAGCGCGCUCGAGACGCUCUGCGGCCAGGCCUUCGGCGCCGGCCAGGUCGCCAUGCUCGGCGUCUACCUCCAGCGCUCCUGGAUCAUCCUCCUCGCCACCGCGCUGCUCAUGUCGCCGCUCUUCGUCUUCGCCGGCCCGCUGCUCCUGCUCAUCGGCCAGGACCCGGAGGUCGCGCGGGAGGCCGGCAGGUUCGCGCUCUACAUCCUCCCCUCCGUCUUCGCCAUGGCCAUCAACUUCCCCACCGCCAAGUUCCUCCAGGCGCAGAGCAAGGUCACGGUGCCCGCCUGGAUCGGCCUCGCCGCCCUGCUCGCCGCCGCGCUCCUCAACUGCCUCUUCGUCGUCGCCCUCGGCUGGGGCCUCCCCGGCGCGGCCGCCGCCUACGACCUCGCGCACUGGGGCAUCGCGCUGGGGCAGACCGCCUACAUCAUCGGCUGGUGCGGGGACGGCUGGAAGGGCUGGUCCGCCGCCGCCUUCCACGGCAUCUGGGCCUUCGUGCGCCUCUCGCUCGAGUCCGCCGUCAUGCUCUGCCUCGAGGUGUGGUACAUGGGCCUCAUCACCGUGCUCACCGGCGACCUCCAGGACGCGCAGAUCGCCGUCGACUCCCUGGGCAUAUGCAUGAACGUCAACGGAUGGGAGGGGAUGAUCUUCAUCGGCCUCAACGCGGCCAUCAGCGUCCGGGUCUCCAACGAGCUCGGGUCCGGCCGGCCCAGGGCCGCCUGGAACGCCGUCGUGGUCGUCGUCGCGGAGGCGCUGCUCAUCGGCGUCCUCUGCAUGGUGCUCGUGCUCGUCUUCAGGGACAGCUUCUCCGUCAUCUUCACCAGCGACGACGCCCUGCGGCGCGCCGUCUCCAGGAUCGCCGGCCUGCUGGGGCUCACCAUGGUGCUCAACAGCGUGCAGCCGGUGAUCUCAGGGGUGGCGGUCGGGGGUGGAUGGCAGGGGCUCGUCGCCUACAUCAACCUCGGCUGCUACUACGUCUUCGGGCUGCCCCUGGGCUACAUGCUCGGCUACCGCCUAAACUUUGGAGUUGGGGGGAUUUGGUCCGGCAUGCUCUGUGGUGUUGCCCUCCAGACGCUCAUCUUGCUAGCCGUGGUCUGGAGAACAGAUUGGAAAGCAGAGGCCGCCCAAGCUUCAAGCCGUGUGCAAAAGUGGGGCGGCAAGGGCACUGAUGAUGAUGAACAAGUCAACAAGCCUCUCCUAGAAUGAAUGAAUCAAGAGAAUUACCCUUUCCUUGCCAAAAAAAUGGCACUUUGCCCUACUCUUUAGGAUAGAGGCGUCCAUAAUCUUUUUGACUUGUAGUAUUUGAAUAACUGUAAUUGGAUUGAAUUCACCUAUGAGCUAGCAGCUUUGAUGGCUUCGAAUGAACUCGAACAACUUUCUCUUA